AUGAUGUAUUUAGUGUUCUCAAUCCUAAGCUAUGUUAAUUCGUAAACAAAGAUAAAUUUGCAAGGAGCAUUACCAUUACAUAUGGAUUGCAGCAAUAUUGAUGAAAGUAGCAAUGCAAAGUCUUAUCAAUAGUUGAAAAUGGAUUCGUAGGAUUGCAAUACUUUUACGAUUACCUCUCGCAAUAAGGAUAACUGAAUAAUUUAGAUUAGUUGACUUUCAGCAUUUGGAUAAUGGUUCAUUAGCAGAUGAAAUUAGGUGGAAGAUAGAUAAUUUUUGCCUUCGUUGAUGGUUAUACAAAAAACCCAGUAGGAAUAUUAUUUUUUAUUUAGUAUUUAAACUUAAUGCUUUACUAUUAAAUAGAGUCAGGCGAUUAUUACAUGUAUUUGGUCAAUUCUAAAUUUGAGCCAGAAAUUUUAAAGCUAAAGAUUGAUUAGUAAAAAUUUCAUUUUAUGAAUAGAACAAAUAAUCUCUACACAAACUCUUGGAAUCAUAUAUUACUUUCAAUAGAUUAAAGAACUGAAAAUACGUUUAUAAAUCUAAAAUUUUUUUCGACUUAUAAUUACUAACUCUCAUAAAAACUAGAAACUUUAGUUACUUAAAAGUAAUGUUUUUCAUAAUUGAAAGGUUACUUUAUCGAUUUGGACAACAUUCAAGAAUAACAAAUGAAUAGCUUUAUGAUAUGACUUCUGACUAUAUGGCAUGCGUAGAUAUUGCUAAUUUUGAUUUAAUCUAUGGAUGGACAACUAUGGACUCAGAAAUCUAUGUUGAUUAUGAUGUCUAACUAAAAUUUCUUCUAAAACCAUUUCAAGUUAACUCAAUCAAUGUGAAAGGCUAAUUUCAAGAUAUCAAAUUAAGAGUAAGUCUUAAUCAGGCCUCAUAUAGUGGACCAAUUGGUUUGUAUGUGUAUAGAGACAAGCAAAUAGUCUAUAGCUUUGAAGAGUAGAUGAGUUCGUUCACUCUAAUGUUUUGGGUGUAACCAAGAAAUAUAGCUAAACUUUUUUAAUUUUUCUCCUUUACAGAUGAUUUAGUGCAAGAGACAAGCAUAGGAUUUGGUGUUAAUUAAAAUUACAAGCUUGUAUAAUAUUAAGCUUAUACUGUACAAAACUAAUUAGGCAGUUUCUCAGCAAAUGUAUGGAAUCAUGUGAUGAUUGCAUUAUUGGAUAUAAGUAUAAAUGAAAAUUUUAUCCCAUAAAAUUCGAAAAAAAUAAUGAGAACCUUUAUCGACACAUCCCAGACUUCUCUAAUUAUAGUUCAAAAUAUCAAGGCUUAUAAGAGACUGGUAAUAGGCCCUGUUUUUAAAGAUGCUCGUGGAAAUGAUUUCUUGGAUAUUUAAGACAUUAGAAUUUUUAAAGGCUAUGGUAUUUUAUAAUCAUCUGGCGAUUGUCAAUAUUUUGUUGGACCUUAUUGUGCUUUUUGUAGAGCAGCAACUCAUUAUUGUAAAGAAUAAGAUCCUAAUGAUGACUAUACCUACUACAACUGCCCUGCUGGAUAUAUAGAAUAACCAAAUGGUUGUGUUUCAAUAACGAUACCAAAUUGUUUAAGACAGCAAGGUAAUAAUUGCAAGGUGUGUGCAAGCAAUUACUGGUUGGAUAAUAGCACUGGAAGAUGCAUUUUGUCAAGCAGUUCGCCUAAAUCUCCUUUUUAUUGUUAAGAUUCAUAAGCAAUUUUUUGUCAAAAAACCAUUUUAUAUUCUACAUCUACAUCUCAAAAAUAUGAAGUAAGCAAACUAUGUUAAUAAAACUAUCCAAAUUAUAAUUCUAAUUCGUUAACAUGUUCAGGUUGGGGAGUGGAAGGCUGCAAUUAAGCAUAAUAUCUAAGUUAAUGUUAUAUUUGUAGUUAUAAUUAUGCUUUAACUGAAAAAAAAACAUGUAGAUCGCAAUGUAAUUCAAAUUAUAGAUUCAAUAAUAAUUAAAUUUGUUAGAAAAGUUGUAAGUCUAAAUAUCUAUAUACCUAUUCUUGCACCUUUUAUAGUCCUUAUAACUAUGUAACUUAUUACUGUAAUCCUAAUUCUAAUUGUUAGUGGAAUGAGAUAGAUAUAGGAUACUAUUGCUUAAAACCAGAGUAACAAAAAGAAGGGAAAACUAGGGGGUGUAUAAUUACUGGCCGCAACCAAAUGAGAGAUGCCACUAUCUAUUGCCAUUAAAGUUGUAAGUACUGUUUUGGGCCAGGUGAUUAAAAUUGCUUAGGUUGCUAUUCUAAUAAAUUUUAUAAUCCCUAUUUAACAGCUUGUGUUACUAAUUGUAGCAGCAAAGGUCUUUUCAAAUAUAAUAAUUAAUAAACAAAAGUUUGUGAAUUGGAAUGUCCUUCAAAUCUAUACACAAAGAAUUACGAUUGUGUUACUGAUUGCGGUUUAGGAUAUGCUUUAUAUAAGAACACAUGCUUACCAAAUACAAAUUUAACAGAAAAUUACCUUACAACUUCAACUGAUUCAUCAUCCUAAAUAAUAGAUGUAAUGCUUGAUUGCCCAUAAUUAUGUUAAACCUGCACUAGUCCUACGAUUUGUACUAGCUGCCUGAACACAUAUCCUAUAGAUUAAGGUAUGUGUGUAUUGUCAUGCUUUCCCAAGUUCUUGUUAAAAUAGGAUGAUGGGGUUAGUGUUUGUUUAUCUAAUUGUAAUCCAACUGAUCUAGUUUAUUAAAACGAUGACUUUAAUGGUUACACAAUAAAAUAAUGUUUUCCAAAAAAGUGCGGAUCAAUAAAAGUAAACAAGAUCUAUUAAACUUAUUUGCAUUAAUCUGAUACUCAUCGAUGUAUGCAACCUUGUGAUGAUGGAUACUAUGGCCAUCCUGCAACAUUGGAAUGCACUCCCUGUGACAGUAAUUGCUUUACUUGUUAAGACUUUUCUAAUUUCUGUACAUCUUGUAAUUUUAUGGAAUUCCUAUUAGAUAAUGUGUGUUUUACUUCAUGUGGUACUAAAUUUAAAAAUUAUAUAAAUUGGAGAUGUGAAGGAACCUGUUCUACCGGAUACUCUGUUAUUAAUAAAGACUUAAGCAUAUAUGUUUGUGUCGAAUAAUGUGGGCAAAUUUAUGCCUAAUAUCUCUAUUCUUUUUAAAGCUAGUGUUUAGAUACUCUUCCUCUAGUAGGAGCAUAUUGUAUCGGGAAUGAUUGUUAUGAAUGUAACGAAAGUUGUUAGACCUGUUCUGGACCUAGUUAAAACGAGUGUCUCUCUUGUUAUUCUAAGACCUAUUUAUUAAAUAAUACCUGCGGAAUAAAUUGUGGAUCAUAAAUGUAUGACAUGGUUAAUUGGUAGUGUGUUGAUGAUUGUUCAGCCUCCACUUUUAAAACAAAUAAUGGUAGCACUUAUUACUGUUCGUUAACUUGCCUAUUCAAUUAAUAUUAAUAUAAAACGAAAUGCUAUAGUAGUUAACCUUUUGGAACAUUUUGCCAAAGUAGAACAAAUUAUAUUUUUUGUGAUGGCUGUGCUGAUGUCUGUAAAACAUGUACUUCUUCCUAUUCUACAUCUUGCUCUUAAUGUAAUCCAGGAGCAUACUUAUAUGGAACAACUUGUUACUCAGAUUGUCCUGAUGUUGCCCCUUACAAAGAUAUUAAUUCUAAUAAAUGUGUCACUUCCUGUAGUAACUAUCUUGAAGACGGAUUUUGUGUAAGCACUUGCAAACCUACUUCUUACAUUUAUACUCAAUAAUUGAAAUGCUUUAUUAUGGGAUGUCCAGAGGGAACUUACCAAUAAACAAAUACUAAUUAAUGUUACACUUGCAAUACUGGUUGUUCUACAUGUACUGGUGGAGGAGCAACUCAAUGUCUAAGUUGUAAAACAAACUAUUUUUACACUAGCGAUGGAUCAUGCUCAGCAAGUUGCUAAACAAACCCAUAUAUUAUUCAAGAUUGGGUUAAUUCCCUUUGUGUAUAAUAAUGUCCCUUUGGAACUUACAUGCAAUCUUUGCCAGGAGGAGAUCUUGCGUGUAAGGAUACUUGUCCUCAAUAUUACUAUUCAAACAUUUGUGUGCCUAACUGUCCAAGCCAAACAUAUAUAGAUGGCCAAUUUUGUAUAAAUUGUGCUGUUCCAUGUUCUGUCUGUUAUGGUGCUGCUGUUAAUUAAUGCACCUAAUGUGAUAUUGGAUUCUAUUUGUAUGAUACUACUUGUGUUGAAACUUGUCCUAAUCCAAAACCCUUUGCAAAUUUAGCUGAUUAAACUUGUGUUACAGGUUGCCCAGGAUAUUUAUACUCACCUAAAAAUCUUUGCUUUAAUCCUUGUCCGGGAUUUUUAUACUAUUAUGAAUUAAAUGGUUAGAAAGAAUGUGUAGAUUAAUGCUAUUCAAAAUCAUACUUAUUGCUUGGGAAAUGCUAUGCAUGCAAUUCCAUUUGUAAGGAGUGUUUUGGCCCUAAUAAUGGUAAUUGCCUUGAAUGUGAACUACCUUAUUUUUUGGAUAAUUAGACUUGUGGGAAUACUUGCCCUCAAUUUUAUGAUUUAACAGAUCAUGUUUGCAAAGAUGCAUGCCCAGUUCAUUUAGUAAUCCAAGGAAUUAAUUGUUAAAAUGCAUGCAAUUCUGGAUAUUUAGUGUAUAAUUAAGUUUGUGUAAGUGCUUGCCCAAAUUUUGCAUAUCAAGUAGGUGAUCAGUGUUAUGAUUGUAAUUUAUUUUGUAGCACUUGCUUUGGACCAACAGCUAAUGAAUGCUAUUCUUGUAUUGAUAAUUAUUUUUUAAACUAACAAAGUUGUUAAUCAACUUGCCCUUUGUUUUCAGAUAUUGAUAAUAAACUAUGUGUAUCCGAUUGUAGUGGAAAAUAUGAAUAUACAGAUAAAAUGUAAUGUGUUUCAACUUGUCCCACAAAUUACUUGUAUUGCUUAUCAAAAUGUGUUAAAACUUUAAAUGAUGGCUAUUAUCAAGAUGGUAAUCAUUGUGAAUAAUGUGAUCCUAAAUGUUUAAAAUGCACCUCAGCAACUGUUUGUUAAGCUUGUGCUAAUAAUUUUUAUCUUGAAGUUAGUUCAUGUGUGAAUUUUUGCUCAAAUUAGUAUUUGUUCAUGGAUCCCAUCUCAAGAUCAUGUGUCACUAAAUGUCCUUCUACUUUAUACCAUUUAGAAUCAUUUGGUAAAAGAUUCUGUGUGUCAGAUUGCCCUUAUAAACUUUAUGAUCAUUGUGUUUUAUCUUGCCCCAGUGGUAUGUUUCCAAAAGACACCAUUUGUACUAAUUGUCCAUAAUAUUGUAAUGAAUGCGAAUCAGCUACAAAAUGUUCAGUAUGUUAAUAUGGUUACUAUCAAUAAAAUGAUCAAUGCCAACUAAGUUGCACAACUGGGAAAACUGAUAGAAAGAACAUUAAAUGUGUUGAUGAAUGUGACCCUUCCUUAUUUGAAUAUUAAAAUGAAUGUUUAGAAAAUUGUCCUACUGAUCCAAUCAUCUAUAAGAAUAAAUAGAUCUGUGCUCUUAGUUGUCCAUUAGCCACCUAUUAAGAUGAAUAAGAGUGUCUAGAUUGUGAUUCAUCAUGUACAUCAUGUAUUGGACCUUCAUAUUAAGACUGCAUCACUUGUUCAAAUGGGUAUUAUUUAGAUAAUCAAAUUUGCACAUAAAUUUGUCCAAAUUUAUAUGAUGAUGUCAACAAAUAAUGUGUACUUACUUGUCCUACUAACCUGUUCUAAGAUGUAGACAAAUGUGUUGCAAUUUGCAGUAUAUAUGAGUACAAUAGCGUAUGUGUCAGUGCCUGUCCACUAUUAACGUACGUUUUCAAUUCAAAAUGCUAUGAUUGUUCUGAAAAUUGUCAGGAAUGUAAUUCUUUUGGAUGUAUUAAAUGUGCUGUUGGUACCUAUUUAGAUGAUGGGUUAUGUAAUAACUAUUGCCCAUAUUAUUACAACGAUGUUAAUAAUGAAUGUGCAUAAUUAUGCCCUAAAGAUACAUACUUAUAUAUUGACCAUUGUUACUCUCAAUGUCCAUUGAGUACUUUUUAGUAUAAGAAAGAUUGUCUUCUAGCUUGUCCAUCUUUAACAGUAUUAUAGAAUACUUAAUGUGUAUAAUGUCCUGAAAGAUGUUUAACAUGUAAGAGUGAAUAUGAAUGUUCUAAAUGUGAAAGUCCAUACUUUUUAUUUAAUGGUUCCUGUGUUGUGCAUUGCCCAUUAUAAUUACCAUAUGAAGAUAUUAAUAAUGGCCAAUGUGUCUCUGUUUGUCCACCAGAAGCAUAUGAGAGAGGAUAUGAAUGUGUAAAAGAAUGUGAUUUAAUCAUUUACUAAAAAUAAUGUAUUUAAACAUGCCCUACUGGAUAUUAUGGUAAUGAUUUUUGUAGGCCAUGUCGAUUAGAAUGUAAAGCAUGUUCAAGUUUUGAAGUUUGCACUGAAUGUAAUGAUAACUUUUUCCUUGAAUUUAAUUAAUGUGAUACAUUAUGUACAAAAAUUAAGGAUUUAAAAUCAAAAUCAUGUAUUGAUUCAUGUAACUAAUUACUAUAUAAAAAUGUUUGUUAUGAAACUUGUCCUUAGAACACUUAUGAAAAUAUAAAUGAAUGUGUCUUAAGUUGUAAUGAUGGCUAUUAUGGUUCUCAAGACUUUAAAUGUCUAAAGUGUCCUUAAUAAUGUAGAACUUGCACUAAUGCUUUAUAAUGUACUAAAUGCAAUAUUGGAUAUUUUCUACAUAAUAAGCAAUGUUUGGACUAGUGUCCAGGAUAAUUUUUUUCGAACCCUUUACUUAAUGAAUGUUCGACGAAGUGUCCUUAAACUACAUUUAUAUUUUAAAAUUCAUGUCUGUUUGAAUGUCCAACUGAAUAUUUAAAUGAUAUGGAAAAUUAUAAAUGUGUGAAUAGUUGUGGAUCUUAAUAAUAUUUAAGUAAAAAGAACUGUUUAAGAUGUGCAAUAGAAUGUGAAUCUUGUACUGGCAGAGGAAAUAAUAAUUGUAUCAAAUGUGCAAGUGGGUUUACAUUAACUGAAGAUGGACUUUGCUUAGGUAGUUGUAAAGAUGGAUAUUAUCAGUCAGAUAGUUCAUGUCAAAAAUGUCUACAUAAAUGCUAAACUUGUGAAAAUGGAACUGAUUGUACUAAAUGUAGAGGUACUAAUCGAAAUGCUCAAGAUUGUUCUUGUUCAAAAGGAUAUUAUGAUGAUGAAUACUAGGAUGAUUGUAAAAAAUGUCCUUGUGAUGAAUGUACUGCUGGUGAUAACUGUCUUAUAUGCAGAAACAAUUUAUAAGUUCCAAAAUGCUCUUGUGAUCGAGUCCUUAAUGAUGAUUGGUGUAUAACAUGUCAAGUAGCAAAAGUCAAUAUCUAUUACACUGAUGAUCUUAACGAAAUAAUUGUUUAUUUUGGAUAUUUGAUUUCUGUUGAUUUAAUUAAUCCCUUUUAACCUUCAGAUUGUUCUUUAUGGUUUGAUAAUUCUGAAAUCUUUGGUUAAAAUGCUUAAUGUNUGAAAGUCCAUACUUUUUAUUUAAUGGUUCCUGUGUUGUGCAUUGCCCAUUAUAAUUACCAUAUGAAGAUAUUAAUAAUGGCCAAUGUGUCUCUGUUUGUCCACCAGAAGCAUAUGAGAGAGGAUAUGAAUGUGUAAAAGAAUGUGAUUUAAUCAUUUACUAAAAAUAAUGUAUUUAAACAUGCCCUACUGGAUAUUAUGGUAAUGAUUUUUGUAGGCCAUGUCGAUUAGAAUGUAAAGCAUGUUCAAGUUUUGAAGUUUGCACUGAAUGUAAUGAUAACUUUUUCCUUGAAUUUAAUUAAUGUGAUACAUUAUGUACAAAAAUUAAGGAUUUAAAAUCAAAAUCAUGUAUUGAUUCAUGUAACUAAUUACUAUAUAAAAAUGUUUGUUAUGAAACUUGUCCUUAGAACACUUAUGAAAAUAUAAAUGAAUGUGUCUUAAGUUGUAAUGAUGGCUAUUAUGGUUCUCAAGACUUUAAAUGUCUAAAGUGUCCUUAAUAAUGUAGAACUUGCACUAAUGCUUUAUAAUGUACUAAAUGCAAUAUUGGAUAUUUUCUACAUAAUAAGCAAUGUUUGGACUAGUGUCCAGGAUAAUUUUUUUCGAACCCUUUACUUAAUGAAUGUUCGACGAAGUGUCCUUAAACUACAUUUAUAUUUUAAAAUUCAUGUCUGUUUGAAUGUCCAACUGAAUAUUUAAAUGAUAUGGAAAAUUAUAAAUGUGUGAAUAGUUGUGGAUCUUAAUAAUAUUUAAGUAAAAAGAACUGUUUAAGAUGUGCAAUAGAAUGUGAAUCUUGUACUGGCAGAGGAAAUAAUAAUUGUAUCAAAUGUGCAAGUGGGUUUACAUUAACUGAAGAUGGACUUUGCUUAGGUAGUUGUAAAGAUGGAUAUUAUCAGUCAGAUAGUUCAUGUCAAAAAUGUCUACAUAAAUGCUAAACUUGUGAAAAUGGAACUGAUUGUACUAAAUGUAGAGGUACUAAUCGAAAUGCUCAAGAUUGUUCUUGUUCAAAAGGAUAUUAUGAUGAUGAAUACUAGGAUGAUUGUAAAAAAUGUCCUUGUGAUGAAUGUACUGCUGGUGAUAACUGUCUUAUAUGCAAAAACAAUUUAUAAGUUCCAAAAUGCUCUUGUGAUCGAGUUCUCAAUGAGGAUUGGUGUAUAACAUGUAAAGUAGCAAAAGUCAAUAUCUAUUACACUGAUGAUCUUAACGAAAUAAUUGUAUAUUUUGGAUAUUUGAUUUCUGUUAAUUUAAUUAAUCCCUUUUAACCUUCAGAUUGUUCUUUAUGGUUUGAUAAUUCUGAAAUCUUUGGUUAAAAUGCUUAAUGCUAUUUAUCUUGGAAUAGAUAUGCAGUUCAUAUAACAUUAAAGCCAUAUGCAUCUGUAAAUAUUGGAGAUCAGUUGAGUUUUAAAACCUCAUUCUAUAGAGAUGUAGAUCAAGGAAUUUGUGAUGGGUAAUUUAUAGAAUAAUUUAUUGAAAACAAAGUUAAAGAACCUAAAAGUCUGUAUAAACCAUAUAUUCUUUUUGAUAUUCCUUCUUUUGUUAGUACUUGUAAAACAAUAUAUAUCAAAUAAAUUCUAUUUGAAGGUACUGGUUAGAAAAUUUAAAACGUUCUAUCUUGGACACUUAAAGAAAUGAAGGAUGAAGAAUAGUAUUUAUAAAUGGAUGCAUUUUUGGAUAAUAAACUCAAUGAAAUUACAAUUCCAAUUAGAACAUUAUAACCAAAUGUGACAUAUACAAUCACAGCUAAAUAUGUUAAUUUCUUGCAAAGAGUGAAUUUCACCACUUUUACAUUCACAACUCUUCCAAUACAAGCUCCUUAUGUAUUUUUAUCAUAUGAACCUCUAAUAGCUAGAGUGUAUAUAUUUGAUUGUCAUGUCUCGUACUCGGAUAUGAAAAAUGAAUUUAAUGUUGCUAUUGAAAUAACAGAUGGUAAAAAUAAAACAUAUAUCUCGUUAACAUAAUAAAUAAAUCCAAUUUAUGAAAUUCCACUAAAUGAAUCUCUACUUCCUAAAGAAACUCCUUUACUAUUUACUGCUUCAACAGGAAGUUCUAUUAUAAUAGAAACUAUUUAUCUAAAAUCAAAACUAAUUGAUAUUAAAUUUUUAUAAAAAGAUAGAUUUAUUGGUUUAGAUAAUCAAAUUAAUGCAAGAGGAUUUGAUAGAAAUAUAUAAGAUGAAAUUUUGAGCACAAUGGGAAUUAAUUAUGAAUGGCAAUGUAAUAACUUAUUUAAUUUAUAACCUUGUAAAACUGAUGAGAACUAAAUUAUGCAAUUUCCUUCUAGAAGAGUAGUCAAUAUUUUUGCUGAUAGUUAAAAUACAACUUUAGUGUUCUUUGCAAAAGCAUCGAAAGUAGAUAGAUGGGCAGUCAAAGAAUAGUUAAUAGUAAUCACAGAUUUUAAUAUCGAAGAAGAAUUUUAUAUCAAUAAUAAUGAUCCUUAAAAUUCCAUUAAUGCAAAUGAUGAAGUAACAAUCUUAAUAAAAAAAUAAUAAAAGUAUGCCUUUAUUAUUCAAUAACACAAAAUUUUAUUGUCCAUGAAAAUAUCAAGUUUGUCAUUAAAAUUUAGAUUGGCUGGUUUAACUACUGAUUAUAACAGUCCUGUCUACAUCUAUUUGGUACCAGGCAAUGAAUCAAUCGCUUUCAAAUUGAAUGAUCCUCCUCAACAAGUUGAUUUUCAGAUAGAACCAUUGAUUGGAGAAUCUCUAGAGUAUUUUAAUUACACUUUAACAAAUCUUUAGGCUGGAAAUUCAAUAAGCAUCUAUUAUUAUUUUGAAAAUUUCAUUCUUGAAAGCGAUGUAAGUACAUAAUCUGUAAUUCAUGGAAUACCAUUAAUCGCAAACUCAAAUGAGACUUUUGGAUAAUUUUAGUUGCCAAGUGGAAUUACUAAUAAUUCAAUUUAAGUUCUAUGUGAGGUAUCAUCUUCUUAUGGAGCUAAAUCUUAUUUGAAGCAAGAAGUUUAUGUAGUGAGGAAAAAUUAUGAAUUGCAAUAAUUAUACAAAUCCUUCAAUAAUAAAACAAAUUUAGAAAAUCUAUAAAGUCUUCAUACAAUGAUUGCACUAAUAUAGUUAGAAGAACAGUAGGUUUGCUUGAAAUAAUGCUCAGGUGUUGGAACAUGUGUAAAUAAUAAAUGUUAAUGCCCACCUGGUUAUUACUUUGCUGACUGUAGUGGAAAUUAAGAGUAAUAAACACAAUUCAAUGAUUUUAUGACCAAUACAAUGUCAUCUUUGGUUAAAAUACCUAUCGCAAAUAAUGAUGAUAUGAAAUUAUUUAGUCAAUCUCUCUACUUUUUAACAUAAUUUAGUACUAAUAAUACAUUAAGCGUAGAAGAUUGCUCCAAUGUUUUGCAAUAAUAUAUAAAGAAUACAAAUUCUAGAUUAGAAUAGAUAAAUUAGUAUUCAAUAAAUUUAUAAUAUUAAUCAACCGAUGAUUUUAACUACUCUUAAAUAGAUAUUCGUUCUUUAGUAAAUAAAAACGAUUUACACACAGCCCUUAAAAGUACUGUUUUUAUGUGGGAAAAGACUUUAUUUACUUCAGGAUCAAAUGUCUAUUAAUUAUAAAAUCAUCUCAACAAUUUGAUAAAUAACAUCAUUGAAUUAUCUAUCUUCUCUUUAAGCCCUAAUGAUAAAAUAGACUAUUCAAUAGAUACUGCAUCUAUAACUAUUUAAAAAUCUUAAAACCUUCCAUAUAACUCGAGUAGAAUGUUAGAAGAAAUCAAUAGUUAGAAAUCAGCAAGUUAUGAUAUAGUUUAUGCAAUUUACAUAAGAAACUUUUAUGCCUUUGAUGGUUACUUCCCAUACCCUUAACAAAUUUACCCACUAUAUGAUUAUUAAAUCAGAUAGUCAAGUCGAAAAGAAAAUAUAGAGUUAGAUUAGCCAAUCUCAUAUCGAUUCGGAAUUCAAAAUGAUACUACUAAUUUAGUUUGCUUAUAAAGAAAUGCUAAGACCUAUGAAUGGUUUGAUUAAAAUUGCACCCUCUCUGAAAUUAAUUCAACUUACUAUUGUAAUUGUACAACUCUCUCUCCUACAACAAUUUGUAAUGACUAUGAUUUUCUUUACCGAGGUUCUUCAGAAUUUAGGAUAAAUCUUCCAAACAUCUUUUAUAUCAUUUAUAUUGCUUAAUUAAUAAUUUUAGGAAUAUUUGUGUGCAAAUCAAAAAAAUAAAAUACUGAAUAAUAAUCAGAAAAGACAAAAUUCGGCCAUGUUAUGAAAUUAACUAGAAAGAGCAAAGUGAACAUUGUUGGUAGCAAAGUUUAUCAAGUUGAACAAGAGAAGGAACCUGGAGAAUUAAUAUAGCCAUAAAUCAAUAAUUAAGAUAAGAAAAAAAAUGAUAAAUUUCAUUUUAAUCAUUUCUGGGUAAUUAAUUUAUGCUUAUAUUUAGAAAUACCAUUGCUUAUCAUAGUUGAUAUUUAAAUAAUUAACUUACAUUAGCCCAUUUAUGAGAUCACUUUUAAUAUUAAUAAGAUGGAAUUCUGCAGUGAUUAUUGGAGAAAUAUUAAGUUUUUUUUAAUUUGACUUCUAAGUAUCUAUCUGGAUUAUAUUUGCAUCAAUAAUCCUGAUGAGAAUUAGUGAAAAUAUCCUAAAAGUAUAUAUAAUUCUAAUUUUAGAAAUAAGUAAAGUAUUUUUUUGUCAUGAAACAAAGUAUUCUGAUGAUAUUAAUUAAAGGUUUUAUACUACUAAUCUUGUUGUUCACAAUAUUAAGUGGAAUAUAUCUUUAUUUUAUGAUAGCUAACUAAACAAAUUUGGUAUUUAAUCUAAUUUUAUGUAGAUACUUUCUUAUUUCAUAGCAAUAUUAAUAGAUAUCCUUCUGCUUGAUAUCAUCAUAUUUAGCUCUCAAAGAUUUUUAGGGGAAAAUAAAAAGAAGAACUUAAGAAAAUCGAUCAAAGAACUGAAAUAAAUUGCAAAAAUUCAAAAGUAAGUCAAUUGA